AUGGACUGCACAGGUAUGGCGCUGUCUUGGGAACAAACCCCUGAUGUGCGUUCCCUGGUUAGGAAGAACCAAAAGCUUCUGGUCUACCCAGAAGGUGCCAAAGUUUGUGAGCCCACUCGCUCCAAUUGUGUUCAGAAUGAACACAUGCUUCGCCCUUUGCUUCACAAGUUGUCCCGAACCCCUGCAUGGCAUUUGCCGCACUUGGAUCCCCUUCAAAUCGAAUUGGCUUUGUUGUCUGAGAAACUAGGAGUCAGAAUCGGUGACAAAGGGGUUUACGCCCCGGCAGUGGAACUGAAGAAGUUGCUAUCUUUCAUCAAAAGACGUGUGCGGCGCAAGGAAGAUGUCCGAUUUCAUCAGCUUCUCCUACUGCUGGACCCAUCGAUCAAGGAUUGGGAGGGGUUCCAAACCAUCCGGUCUGACGAAUUCUUUGAUACUUUGAACAUCCUUGAACAUAUACGUGCAUACAGGUUGCUUAGGUCUCUCCUUUCCUUUGUCAUUGUUUUUGGGAGACAAUGGAAAGAUCUCAUUGCCCACAAACGUACAGGACUACAUCGACAACUACAUGGAGACCGCCAAGUCAUCCAAGAGCACUGGCUCGCCGGGUGGUGA